UCAUAACCCACAUGUUGGGAACCCCUGCGUUGGGUGAAGGUGAAGGGGAGAUCGAUACUCCAAGAGCCUCCUGGAGCUGUAAAUUCUGAGUUUUGUGGCUGACCCCUGAAGGCGUCAGUUCCCCGGGAUGUGCCUCCCCUCCCUCCCGGAGCCUCCUGGUCCCUCCCCGCCGCCUCCCGCCGCCCGCUGCCCGGGCUGCCUGCCGCCGCCGCCGGGCUCGGGAUGACGCCACCUCUCGCUCCGCCCCGGCGCACAAACUCGCUUCCUCGCGUUCAUUUCAUUCCUCGUCUCAUUCCGAGCAUUCUUCGCAUCUCUUGUCAGUGCGCGAAGCGAUUCACCCUGAAAUCCUCUCCCCGGGCUGGCUUCAGAAACACCACAGUAACUUGACAUAGUAUUAAAAAAAAAAAAAAGAGAAAAAGAAAUACCCAGUAACAUCACACUGCCUAAAGCAAGGGACAUUUUUAAAUGAGAUAUCAAUAACGAGCGUCAGGUCGUGUGUUUCCUCACAGACACACACAUACAUGGCCGCUGGCUGCAACAGGAUGCUCACUUCUAACACUGUUGCAGCUCCCGGCUUUGACACAGCAGCGACACAAAUCUUUGACAUUUUUCACAUUUUUCCGCUGAAAACAAGCCCGCUCCUACGCCCCUGUAUAAAAGCCUCGGCAGCCGCUCGUCCGCCGUCAGACCCUCGUCAAAGAUCCCGCUGCGGGGAUCCGGGAGCAGCCAGCCCCCCUACAAAAAGCUACACCGCGCCGAUAAGAGCUUUUCGGACAAGAUGACGGUUCAAAUCGUUGCUGUUUUCCUCUCCGUAGUUGGCUCAGCCGGGAGUUGUUGUCGGAGCUUUCGCCGGAGCAUUUUCGCCCCAACUCGGAAGAGAAAACCCUCCGGAGACUUGUUGCUUCAGCGCACUUUGACGGUGCUGUUAUUUGUCAAAUCUCCAUCGAAGUUUUGUGUCUCCCCCUAGUCUGCUCCAGGCUUCAGCUUGGAGAGCCCAACCGCCAAGAUUGAUCCCAGCAGCUGGAGUGGCAGCGAGAGCCCUGCCGAGGACCUGGAGAGGAUGAGCGACUCGGCAGACAAGCCGGUAGACAAUGAUGCAGAGGGAGUGUGGAGCCCUGACAUUGAACAGAGCUUCCAGGAGGCGCUGGCCAUCUAUCCUCCAUGUGGACGCAGGAAGAUCAUCCUCUCUGAUGAGGGAAAGAUGUACGGUCGAAAUGAGCUGAUAGCCAGAUACAUCAAGCUUCGGACUGGGAAGACGAGGACUCGGAAGCAGGUGUCUAGUCACAUACAGGUCUUAGCAAGAAAGAAAGUUCGAGAAAUCCAAGCUGCCAUUAAGGUGUCUAGUCACAUUCAGGUUCUUGCCAGAAGGAAAUCUCGUGAGUUUCAUUCCAAGCUAAAGGUUACAAGUAUGGACCAAGCCGUGAAGGACAAAGCCCUCCAGAGCAUGGCCUCCAUGUCCUCGGCUCAGAUCGUCUCUGCCACAGCGAUUCACAACAAGCUCGGCCUGCCAGGCAUCCCGCGCCCAGCCUUCCCCGGAGCAGGGUUAUGGCAGGGUAUGAUAUCGACCGGUCAGCCGGGAUCGUCACAAGAUAUUAAGCCUUUCACCCAGCAAGCCUAUCCCACUCAGCCAGCAGUCACAACUGCCAUUUCAAGUUACGAACCCACAGCAGCUCCAGCUCCCACCGCACCAGCAUGGCAGGGCCGCUCCAUCGGUACAUCUAAACUCCGACUGGUGGAGUUCUCCGCUUUCCUAGAGCAACAGAGAGACCCAGACUCAUACAACAAGCACCUAUUUGUACAUAUCGGCCAGACAAAUCAUUCCUACAGCGACGCCCUGCUGGAGUCGGUGGACAUUCGUCAGAUUUAUGAUAAAUUCCCUGAAAAGAAAGGUGGACUGAAGGAGCUGUAUGGGAAAGGUCCACAGAACUCCUUCUUCCUUAUAAAAUUCUGGGCCGACUUGAACUGCAACAUUCAGGAUGAUACCGGCUCUUUCUAUGGCGUCACAAGUCAGUAUGAGAGCUCAGAGAACAUGACCAUCACAUGUUCUACGAAGGUGUGCUCCUUUGGCAAGCAGGUCGUCGAGAAAGUUGAGACUGAAUACGCACGGUUUGAGAAUGGACGCUUCGUUUACCGAAUAAGCCGGUCUCCCAUGUGUGAAUACAUGAUUAACUUCAUCCAUAAGCUAAAACAUCUACCAGAGAAAUACAUGAUGAACAGUGUGCUGGAGAACUUCACCAUCUUACUGGUGGUGACGAAUAGGGACACCCAGGAGACGCUCCUAUGUAUGGCGUGUGUGUUCGAGGUUUCAAACAGCGAGCAUGGCGCCCAGCAUCACAUCUACAGACUGGUGAAGGAAUGAGAAGCCCCUUCUUUUCACAGACUUACCAACCUCAAAAACAAGCGGCAGUGCCUCUACCUGAAAGUCCCACCUACAACACUUUCUGGUCAUGGUAUCGGCUGAAGUCAGUCGCUAUAAAUUUUGUUUGAAUAUAAGUGUUUGUUAUUUGACUGCAGCUGUGAAUUGCGGUACAGUUGUUUUAUGUUUAAAUACGGGAUGUUUAAACUACGUUGAGUUGGUCUCUGUUGGGCAUAAAUGUGGCCGUACUUAGUAUACUAAGAAUUUACUUGAUUCAUUUGGUAAAUAGAAAUCUGUGUGUCGUCUUCUGCUUCGUCUCGUAGACUAGGAAAAAAAAAAGGAUACUGGCCUUUUCUACCAGUAGCCUCAUGUGGUCUGUGUAAUAUGUUUGCGUGGGUUUCGUAUGUCUGUAGUUUAUGAUUUGUGAGCAUAUAUACUGUAGAUAUACAGACAUGCACCAACAGCCAAUAGAUUUUCCAAAGAAACAAAAGUAACACACUACAUUUACAGUCGCUGAAAGUACAGACGUAUAUUUAUCCCCAAUGAAGCACUCCAAAUCAAACACUACGAGCAGAAUGAAUGCACUGUAAAAAAAAAUACAAUACAAAUGUUUUGCCUGAGUCUACAACAUAAAUGAAGGGAAAUCUUUCCCACCUGUUAAUCAUCUCUGUGCUGCAAUCGAGUCUUUCCUCUGCCACAACUGAGAAUUUCCUCCGACCAGACUCAACUAGUCCAAAAGCACUUUGUUCCCCUCCCUCACCUUUCUGAUUUAUCUUUCUCUUAGAUCUGUGGUUUCUGUAAUCAUAACACUGUAAGUCACUUGUAGACAGCAGACAUUGUUCAGCGUGUUGUGGCUUUGCCCCCUGAAACACUCAGAAUCUCGUUCCCCCUCUGGGAUGGCAGCGUAAUAACUCCUUCACUUUCAUAUGUUUCUGUGGCCUACACUGAUCCCGAGCCUUAAACAUCUUAUAGCUGUGUGUGAACUCCAAAACAUGCCACAAAUACUGUGAUCUCUAUACGUGGAAAGACCCUUUAUAAGUUUGCAUCGUGUAAGAAAUUCAUAUUACAAACAGCCAAAGUGUAAGUGUACAGUGCCUUAGAUUAUAUCCUGACAUCACCCUUUGCUUUGUUUCAAGUUGAAAAACUAUUUUGUGGAUGAGACAGGAAAAAAGACCAGUACACUCUGAAAAAUCCAGUGUUUGUUGUUUGUUUUUCCAGAGGCAGAAUACUUUUAAAUUGUGAGUCCGUUUGCAAAUUUUAGGUCAAAAUCUGUCGCGUUACAGGUUUUAUUUUUCUCUAAACUCUGUUUAAAUAUGUCCUAAAAUCUCAGUCUUUUUCUGUAGUGUACUUUAAACACAGACCGACUGCCUUUCCUGUUGUAACAGACCAAAAAACCAGAGAUACAGUCAAUCUUCUGUCCUGCAUGGUAGCAAGGAAGUGCCUUCGGUUUAAAAUUUACAGCUUCAAAAAGACAAAACACAAACUUAAAAAUUAAAAUGUUGCUAGACCAAAAAAGGAGACACAAGUGAAACCGAUCACCACAUUGCCUUUUGUUUGUAAAGUCAGCAGGGGAAAGCUGGAUACUGGUAAAAGAAAUGAUCUAUACAUUUUAUUUUCAAUUGAUUUCACUAAUGAUGAUGUAUUUGAAGAAAACCUUUCUCUUCUGAUAACGUGCAGCCGCUGACUGCACGCAGGAUGUCAACCCUAACUCGUCUGCUUCGUGCACACUUGCAGGUUCAAGUGUUUUGUUUAUUUUAUAAUGAGAAAAAAGGUAUUUUCCUCUUUCCCGAGACCCCAAUGUGAAAACCACAGAAAACAUCCGACCUUACCUUACCUUACCUUUGACGACGCAGACACAGCUGUGAUGUCGGCGAUGCAGGGACCAACAAGCUUUUUAUAAUUAUAUAUAAUUAUAAUUCAUUAUUAUCAGUAAGUCUGUUGAGCAAUUUCCAGAAAAUAAUAUGGAACUGUUUUAAUGCGGCAAAAUCUGAAAUUGUUUCCAAAUUCUGUUUAAAAUGCUGUUUCAUUCACUGCUGCUGUGGACGAGGCCGUCAAGGUCAAAAUACGUAUCGCCGUUAAGGACCAUAGUUACUCAGACUCUUACUGUUUCUUACAAUUUAAUCAUCUAAUGUAUUUUAAUCGAGAUGAGCUCUAGAUAAUUGCAGACAAUAUCUCUGGUGGAUGCAGAUAAAAUCAAUCAUUCAGUAUUUUUGCCACAGUCCUGUGGACACUGGAGUGUUAAACAGGCCUUUUCUUAUGUUUACCCUGUGUAUCUGUUCACAUUUAUUGAUUAUUACUUAGUGAGAUGUUCUUAUUGUACUUGUAUACAGUUGUACUUGGUUUUGUGAUGACAUUGUCCGUAUAUUGCAAGCCCAAUACGAUGGUAAUGAUGUUACUGCUGCACUGCUGGUACAUUUUGACAUGUCGUCUCAACACGUAGAAAAACAGCAGGGCUGAGGCCUCCAGUGGCGUGAAUGUCAGGUGGACCGUUUGAAGAGGAAAUGGACACAAAAAUGUUUUUAAAAAAUCAGCUAAGUUGAGGAAUCAUGCUACAAACAAAUCAGCAGUUUAGCUUGUGUUUUGUAAUUCUGUAGGUACUGGUACCUUUUUGUUUCAUGACCAUUCUCCGAUGGUGGCUUUAAAGUGAUUCUUCACAUGGCUCACAUAUAGUCGUCAUGCGCACAUUUGGGUUUUGUGUGCAGACUUUUAUUCUUUGUAAAAAGGUGCUUUGUACAAAACGAUAUCUUGGCUUUUCUUGGUACAGAUGUGUGAUAUCUUCUCAUAUCCAUGACGGUAAAGUGUUGGAGCAGAAGGAGAGAAAAGAAGCUCUGCUAUGUUUCUGUGUUCUGCAUAUGGUCGUGUCUUUGCUCCGUAACAUUAUGAUGCCUUCUUGAUAAUAUAGUUAUUUUGUAGCUUUCUAGAUACUUUCUAUGUAUGCAAAUACUGAAGUUAAAUAAAUUUGAAACAUGUC